UUCGUAUAUCUUUGAAGUUUUGAAUACACAAUUGAAAAUUUCUAUUUUAAGAUUAAUCAAUCAAUGACUUACCAACAUUAAAUGGCUUCAAGCUCCAAAAAUGCCAGUGAAUCCUUACAAAAACAAAGAAAAUCUUUGGCAAAAUUAGAAGAAACCGACGACAAAUCUUAUACGCCACCAGAUGUACCAAAACUAAAAUUGAAUAAUGACAAGGAAAUACCUAUUAUAGGGCUAGGGACAAGGAAACUGCAAACCAAGUGUAAGGAACUUGUGGGAGAUGCCCUCAAGUUAGGCUAUCGUCAUAUUGACUGUGCUGAAGUGGAUGGUAAUGAAAAGGAAAUUGGUGAAGCAAUUAAGGAAUAUAUUAAAAAGGGUCUUAUAACAAGGGAAGAUAUUUAUAUAACCAGUAAAGUUUGGAAUAACCAUCAUACCCCGCAGCUAGUGCGUAAGGCUUGCGAGACGUCUUUAAAAAAUUUAGGACUCACCUAUUUAGACAGCUAUAUAAUGCAUUCGCCUAUGGCUUUUCAGGAGGGUGAUAAUUAUCGACCUAAAGACGACAAUGAAAAUAUUAUAUUCUCAGAAGUAGAUUUCGUACAAACUUGGCGGGCUAUGGAAAAAUUAGUACAAAAUGGCUUAGUACUAUCCCUGGGUUUGGCCAAUUUUAAUAUACGCCAAAUUAAUUUAAUUUUGGAUAAAGCUCGCAUAAAACCCGCCCUGCUGCACGUUGAAUGUCAUCCAUAUUUAAAUCAACAAAUUCUUAUAGAUUUUUGUGUGGCUAAUGAUAUUGUGGUGGUAUCGAAUCAUUGCCUAGGCAGUCCCUCAAAUAUAUAUCGUUUAUGUAAUAAAUUACCAUUGACUCAUAAUGAAAAAAUUCUGGAAAUUGCUCAAAAAACAAAACAUACGCCGGCCCAAGUUCUCAUCAGAUAUCAAAUACAAAGAGGUAAUAUUGUCAUAGCCACGGCUGUAAAGAGAAUUCAUAUGAGGGAGAAUAUUUCGAGUGUGGAAUUUAAGCUGGGAUCUCAAGCAAUGGCCGAUAUUGAUGAAUUGGAUACUGGUACAAGGGUAUUUGGAUUUGAAGAUUGCAAAGGACACCCAAAUCAUCCGUUUGAAAAAGAUCUAUAUUAAGCAAUGGAAUUUAUUGAAGAUUUAGAAAAAAAUUUUAAAUUGUAAUUAAAAUAUUUCAUAAAAAAGUUUUAAAGGAAAAAAAUUCAAUUGAAAUUUGAAUCAGCGCUGGAAACAAGUGGAUAUUUUAACAAACUCCAAAAAGUAUAAUAUGCAGUUGAUGUUUUACAUA